CUUAUAACCCUCCUCCCUCUUGUCCUCAAAUCAAAUUCAUCUCUUCAUAUCUCUUUCUCAAAAUCACUCUCUUUGAAAUUAUUCCAGAAAGAAAAACAGCUUCUAUAAAAAUGGAAAACAAUCUACCAGUGAUAUCAAAGAGAGUGUGGAGUCUCGUACGUGUUGCCUUCUUCAUGCUGAGAAAAGAAAUAUCAAAGGGUAAGAUAAUGAUGAAUUUAAACAUGAUAUUUAGACGCAGAAGCAAGCUUGCUGUAAAAGCCAUUGCCAAUUUAAUGUCCCAUCAUCCCAACCAUGGUGGCUCCACCUCGAAUCGCCACUCCCACGACUCACACAACCCAUUCACUUCAUCAAGGGAGUACGAAUUCAGCUGUAGCAACACUCCCAAUCACUUUUUCUCAAUAGGAAAGCGACAUCACAGCCACAACCACAGACGCAAUGCUCAAGCACAACCUACACAUGACGAUGAGGUGACGACUAUCAAUGCAAUGAAGGCAGUGUUGGAGUUGCUUAACAAUGAUCAAUCGAUUGUAGAAGUGUCUCCAGCAUCCGGAUUCAGAUGUAGUCCAAUGGUGAAGCAAUUGAGGGUGACUGACUCGCCAUUCCCUUUACGAGAAGAUGAUGAGAAGGAUAAUCAAGUUGACAAGGCAGCUGAAGAUUUCAUAAAUAGGUUUUACAGUCAAUUGAGAAUGCAAGAUUGAUUGAUUAAUAUUAAUUCAAUUAUUACCUUGUUUAGUGGAUAAUCAAGUAGUCCUAUUUUGCUUUUUUGGUUACUUUCUGAUAUAAAUACCUAUGAGUGAAGGUUUUUGAUUCAGGUUAAUUACGUAUUUGCACAUGUUUUUGAUUCAGGUUAAUUACGUAUUUGCUUUUUUUGUUUACUUUCUGAUAUAAAUACCUAUGAGUGAAGGUUUUUGAUUCAUGUUGAUUUUGUGUUUGAAAAUGUUAAUUUUAAGUGCUGCCUAUGAAUAAUAAGAGAAUAAAUUUCAGAAUCUAUAAGAUGGAGAGAAUAAAUUAAUGGAUU